AUGCAGGCCACAGCAGCUGGGAAACCCAGUGGACCACUACCUCAAGAUUUCUUCCGCCGUCUGGUUGAACUCGAACUUCGGGUGCCAGGACUGCAGGAAACGCUGGUAGAACUGCGCACCGGCGUCGACGAGAUGCAGCUGUCGCCCACGAUGGGAGCCCCUGUGGGAUCCGCACCGGGCUCUGUGCUGCCAGCACAUUCGGACGCCGCUAUGACACAUCUGCUGGAUGAGGUUGAUCAGACCAUCAUCAGGUGCCGCAAUCUCUGUGGCCAGUUUCCGGGAUACGAUGCAACCGACCAGAGCGUUCGAUCUAUUGAUGAGCGUCUUACAGCGCUGUGGACGUGGACUGAUGAGAUGAUCUAUCAGAAGUUUGUAAGACACUCUUCGCCCGGCUCCACCCUCCAAAGCGUUACUGACUUUGGAGACCUUCAUCGCAGACUAGACAGACAAAUGUCUUCACAGGAACCCGAGCUCAAUCGCCUGAGGAACCUAAUACAGUCAAUGCCUCCUUCACCAGAAAAGCAGGACCUCCAGCGACGCCUGGAUGAACUUUCUGACACCUGGACUCGCUACCGCAGGACCAUACAUAUUCGCCUCAAGGUGGCCAAUGACCUGAAGAGAAUACUGCGGGAAGUUCGAGAGGACGACUACUACUUUGGCCUUUUCAACGACCGCCUUCAAACCAUCCUCUCGAAGUCGCCAAUAACUGAUGGACUGGAUUUCCACAACGGUCCGCAGUUGCAUGAGACUGAGAUAGCGAACAUACAAUCCGAGUUGCAGGACGUUACGUCGAGAAUUGCAAAUCAACAGCAAGCUCUAGAACGCGCCCUGGACAAUUUGCAGAGAGUUGAGGACGGAACACUGAACCCCUCAGAACCCGAAAAUUUCUAUCGCAAUCAGAUUCAAAUUAAUCUACAGCGCCUGCAGCAAUUGGAGGAUCAAGUGAACAACGUUCAGUCAAGCAAACCUUUGUGGCUCUCUUGGAACGACAAAUUGGUUGAUUUCGCCUCCUCAGCACAGAAGCUCGACGAAGUGAUCGCCGCUUCCAUGGCCAGAAUGUCUCGCACUCCGCUGCCGAGAACAGGCCCAGAAUUGGCUGAUGCCCUUACUGCGCACAAACGGGAUGCAGACCAGAUUUAUGCCCUUGUUAAUCUCGUGAACAACCAAGCUGCCACACUGGCUGAUCUCGUCUCUGCCCAGCCUGCCGACAAGUACCCAGAAGGCCCCCUCCGGGUCAGGAGGUAUGUGGACUUGAACUUGGCGCCAGGGCCGCAGGAGAGCGAGGUUACGCGAAACGUCCGCUCGGAGUUGUGCAUUACCACUGCCGGCCUUGAAACCAGGUCCACUGCCUGGGAGCGGAUGUGGAACUCCAACAAGCAAAUUCUUCAGAAAGUAGCCGAAAAUAUUGGCAGUCUGGAGUCCUUUGAUGAUAUUGAACGCGAUGUGCAAAAUGCCGAGAACGAACUCAGAAACAUAACCUAUCUGGUGAACGUCGAGGCGAACAUUCCGCAAAUCGAGCGCGCAGAUAGUGGCCUGCGGCACUUGGAAGCCACGAUCCCGGAACUGCAAGGCCGUGUUCGAUCAGUUGCCUAUCUACCAGGCAUUGAGCCGAUUCGUGGCCCUAAUGACCUCCUGGAGAUUACCUCUGCCGACAUCGGACUCGAAUCCUCGUUGCGAGAGCGACAACAGCAGUUGGAAAUGCGCGUCUCGGAUCUGUCCGCUGCAACCACCAAUUGUCGUUCGGAGGUGAAUUUGACGCUUCAGCUGCUGAAAGCAGUGGAUGACGCUGAAAAUCGUCUCUCCCAACUGACCAUGAAUUUGAAUCAGCUUCGCAACCUGGAUACACCAGAUGCUCCACGACUGGUCAACGAACAGUUGAUCGAAGCCCAGAAGUUAGCCCGUAGAUAUGUUCCUCAACUCGAGGCCCUUGCAAACCAAUUUCCGACCGAAAAAGCUCUUGAUAGAGUCCGUCCAGUACUGUCUCGACUGCAGGAUUCGGUGGACGAGCUUGAGCAACUCUACGAAGAAACUCGGGUGCGGUCUGAGAAGUACAUCAACCUUGAUCGUCUGCGAGGGGAACAAGUACCUGACGACACAUUGACUAGACGUCAAAUUGAACCUCCGGAUGAGGUGAUGGAAUUUCAGAAGACUCAACCGCCAACGGCGCCUCCUCCUCCGCCUCCCAGACCACCAAGUAUCCUCGAGCCCCUCGCCAAUAUCCAUGUUGUUGAGGGCACUCCGCCAAUAGCAGUUUGUGGCAUUUGUGAUUGGCAGGCCGAAAUCUGCAACCACGUGACCUCUUGUGUGGAGUUGCGUGGCGCCGUUCUCUAG